AUGAUCCUUGUCAUUGACAAUUUUUCUAAUGGAUUUCUUGGUGAGAAUUUGGGAAACAUCAAAGACAAGCGUCUUUUGAAUUGGGAAAACCGUUUGAAAAUAUGCAUUGAGGUUGCACACGCAUUAAGGUACAUUCACUAUGAGAUGGAAGACCAGAAGAUGAUAAUAAACCGUGAUAUAUGCAGUUACAACAUUGGGUUGGACGAGAAUUUUGGGGCAAAGAUUAUUAAUUUUUCGUGGUCUGUAUUCCUGCCUCCAAAUCAAGAUAACGAAGCUCUCUAUCCCAAAAUUCGUAUUGACAGACCAAGCUACAGAGAUCCACAGUAUGAGAAGACUGGUAAGUUGAAAAGAGAAUCAGAUGUUUAUGGUUUCGGAGUAGUCUUGUUUGAAAUUCUAUGUGGGAGAUUAGCCUAUGACCCAAUUUACAAGAAGGAGAGUGACAAAGGGCUGGCUUUUGUGGCAAGACGAAGCUUCAGCAUAGGAACACUAGAAGAGAUGAUAGAUCCUAUAUUAAAGGAAGGAAUUGGUGAAAUCAAAUUUGUUCUAAAUAGAGGACCCAACAAGGAUUCUUUGCACACGUUUAUUACAAUUGCACACCAGUGUGUGGCAGAAACUCAAGACCAACGCCCAACAAUGAAAGUCGUAGUCAAGGAACUUGAAAAAGCAUUAUUCUUUCAAAACAACAACAAGGAUAACCCCAAAAUGUCACUUGAAGACAUAAAACGGGUGACACAAAACUUUCAUGAUGACAAUUUCAUCGGUGGGGGGAUUCGGUUUGGUCAAGGAGAACAACAAUUCUUUAGUGAGCUCCAAAUUCUUUUGGAUUAUAAACAUGAGAAUGUCAUUGGUCUUGUAGGCUACUGUGAUGAAACUGAUGAAAAAGUCCUUAUCUAUGAGUAUUUGUCCAAGGGAAGUCUUGAUAGGUAUUUGAAUCAUACUUCUCUUACAUGGGUGAAACGACUUAAUAUAUGCAUUGAUGUUGCAAGAGCGUUGGAUUUCCUACACGGAGGAGUAGGAAAACAAGCAAAGGUGAUACAUAGGGACAUCAAAACUGAGAACAUCCUGUUAAACAAUGAUUGGAAAGCAAAACUGGCUGAUUUUGGGCUUUCGCUAAUAUGUUCAAUAAAUCAGGAAACAGACUAUAUUAUCGAUCAUGCGUGUGGCACAAAAGGAUACGUGGACCCACUUUAUAGACAAUCGGGAUUCCUAACCAUAGAAUCCGAUAUUUACUCGUUUGGUGUUGUUUUAUUUGAGAUUUUGUGCGGGAGAUCAACGUUUGAAAUCCAAAAACGUGAGGGCCACUAUCUACCAGAUUUCAUUGAAAAAAGUUUUAAAGAAGGAAAGCAUGGUGAGGUGGUGUUCAAACAAAUAAGGGAACAUAUCGUGCCUAAAUCACUAAUUACAUUUCAAGAGGUUGCCUACCAAUGCCUACAUCUUGAGAGAGAAAAACGGCCGACAACAAAAAAAGUUUUGAUGCAACUUAAGAAAGCAUUGGUAUUUCAAAACAUGGCAUCAACAAUGAACCAGUUUGCUCACUUACAAAUCCCACUUGAAGCUGUGGCGAAGGCCACCAACAACUUUCAUCAUGAUAACAUCAUCGAACAUGGUGGAGUUGGUAUUGCAUAUAAAGGACGACUCUUGUGGUCUGGGAGGUUGAUGGAGAUCAUUGCACGGAGAUUUGAUUGUAAGCAUGUGGAUGGAGACCUCGAGUUCUUGGCAGAAAUUUCAGCGCUUUCUGAUCUCAAGCAUAAAAAUCUGGUCUCUGUUAUUGGGUUUUGUGAUGAGAUAGAUGAAAAGAUCAUUGUAACCAUGUAUGAGGCCAAUGGAAGUCUAGGGCAGUAUUUAAACAGCCUGAACCUCACAUGGAAGCAAAUAUUGAGGAUAUGUCUAGGUGUGGCUCGUGCGUUGAGUUACUUACAUUAUGACAAGGGACGUGAUUAUGCUAUUCUACAUUGUAACAUCAAUAGCAACACUAUUUUGUUGGACGGUAAUUGGGAAACCAAGUUAUCCGGUUUUGAAUUUUCCAUCAAACAAUCAGUAAACGAUAAGGAUCAGGUGUGCCCUUGUGAACACACUGGCACAUUUGGGUGUGUGGACCCAGCAAUUGAAAAGACGGGAGGUGUGACCCACAAGUCGGACAUCUACUCAUUCGGUGUUGUUUUAUUCGAAAUAUUGUGUGAGAGGAAAGCGUUAAUUCAUAAUGAGGUUGAUAGGUUUCUAGCUCAGUUGGCCAAGCAUCAUUAUGAAAAGGGAACAUUGCAUGAUAUAAUCCAUCCUCCUCUAUUAAAUCAAAUAUUGUCUCCGAAAUCACUCCUCAUAUACUCAAAGGUAGCAUAUUCUUGCUUAAAUGAUGAUCGAGCACACCGCCCAGAUAUGCACCAUAUUGUGGCUAAACUUGAGAAAGCAUUGGAACUUCAGUUGCGUCAUGAAAAUAUUGUGAUAACGUCAAAUAAAGAUUAUGUGUUUUGGAUAGGGUUGGCAAUGGGCCAGGAAAACACGUUGGGGCACUUCAAGAUUCAUCUCAAUGAUAUUAAAUCAGCAACAAAUAAUUUUUCAGAGGCAUACACAAUUGCAUCUUCGGAUGAUGAUUAUACUUUGUACAGAGCAGAACUCCACUCUUUUGGUAAAGAAAAUCCUUCAUCCGAAAAGGGGAAGAACAUAGGAGAACAUCCCAAGGCACACAACAUUGUGGUUAAAAACGGUACACCUCUGGAAAUGAGUGAUUCUGAGAUGAUUAUUGUCACUGAGAAUGUUUCUAAUGGAUACCUUGAUGGUUAUUUGGGAAACGUCAAUGAUAUGCGCAUUUUGACAUGGGAAAAGCGUUUGAAAAUCUGCAUUGAUAUCGCACACGCAUUGGAGUACCUUCACUCUGAGAUGGAAGACCAAAAGACGAUAAUACACCGUGAUAUAUGUAGCUACAGCAUUGGGUUGGAUGAGACUUGGGGAGCAAAGAUUUUUGCCUUUUGGUGGUCCGUAUUCCUGCCUCCAAAUCAAGAAGACGAAGCUCUCUAUAUAAACUGGCUUGGCAGACCUAGCUACAUAGAUCCAGAGUAUGAGAAGACCAAUAAGUUAAAAAGAGAAUCAGAUGUUUAUAGUUUUGGAGUUGUAUUGUUUGAGAUUCUAUGGGAGGAGAGCCUAUGA